AUGGUGGAGUUCGCAGGAUGGAGCCUGCCGGUGCAGUAUAAGGACAGUCACAUCGCCUCGCACCUGCACACCCGCCAGCACUGCUCCCUGUUUGAUGUGUCCCACAUGCUGCAGACCCGGGUACACGGGAAGGAGCGGAUCCCCUUCAUGGAGAGCCUGGUGGUGGGGGACAUUGCAGAAUUAAAGGAGAACCAGGGUACGCUAACUCUCUUCACCAAUGAGAGGGGAGGGAUCAUCGAUGACCUCAUUGUCAACAACACCUCCGAGGGUCAUCUCUACGUGGUGUCCAAUGCUGGCUGUGCAGAGAAAGACUCCACCCACCUGAAGAACCGCCUGCUGGAGUUCAGAGUGGCCGCCGGGACGUGGAUCUGGAAAAUGUGGACUUGGCUCUGCUGGCUGUGCAAGGUCCGUCCACGGCUCAGGUUCUCCAGGCCGGACUCGCCGACGAUCUCUCCAAGCUGACGUUCAUGAUGGGGGUGACUACCAGCGUGUUCGGCAUCCCCGGCUGUAGAGUGACGCGGUGCGGCUACACCGGAGAGGACGGCGUGGAGAUCUCGGUGCCCGGUGGCAGAGCCGUGGAGCUGGCGGAGAAGCUGCUGCAGAGCCCGGAGGUGAAGCUGGCCGGUCUGGCGGCCCGGGACAGUCUGCGUCUGGAGGCCGGCCUCUGUCUAUACGGGAAUGACAUUGACGACACUACCACCCCUGUGGAGGCCAGUCUGGUGUGGACACUAGGUAAGCGUCGCAGAGCCGCCAUGGAUUUCCCUGGAGCCUCCGUCAUCGUACCUCAGAUUAAGGGGAAGGUGAACCGGAAGCGUGUGGGCCUGACCUCCACGGGGCCCCCCGUCCGCCAACACACGCCAAUACUGAACACGGAGGGGCGUGUCAUCGGAGAAGUGACCAGCGGUUGCCCUUCCCCCUCCUUGAAGCUGAAUGUGGCGAUGGGUUACGUGGAGCCAGAAUAUGCCAAGGCAGGCACGGCGCUGCGGUUGGAAGUCCGGAAGAAGCUUGUUGAUGGUGUGACCAGCAAAAUGCCCUUCGUGCCAACCAAAUACUACAAUGUGAAGUGA